AUGUCGGAAUCACAGCGUCACAUGAAUUUGCAACAGAUGAGACCUCAAAGACAGCUCCAACUUCUGCUUCGUCUCUAUAUGGCACAGAGAAAGCAGGACAAAAGUUCAGUCCUCACCACAGAAAAAGUGAGCUCAGGUGAUCAGACACCUGAUAUGUUUACCAAAGACACAGGAACAAUAACAGUUUCUUCUCUGUUCAGUACUAAGAAGCCAAUACAAGUAAUUACAAUCACUUCAGCUUAUUCUCUGUAUAGCACUGAGAAGCCUACCACAGCGUCACAGGAAACUGCAACAUCAGAUAGUAAAAAUACUUCUACAACAAUAGCAACUUCUCUGUUUAGCACUGAGAAGCCAGGACAUAUAACGACGUCGGUAUCACAGGAAACUGCAACAGUGGAGUCGAAAAUGACUGCUGCUGCUUCUACAGUUUCUUCUCCACAUACUACAGAGAAAACUGCUCAUGUUGAAACUACCAUCCUAGAGGAGGAGAGCUCAGGAGAUCUGACUUCUGAUAUGUUUACCUCUCAGUCAGCUGCCACCCUUCUUUCUCCAGUGUAUAGUACAGUCAGACCAGAACAGCCAGAGGUACCAUCAAGCUCAGAAAUGCCAUCAGUUGUUCCCAUUCUUGAUGAAACAGAGACAAGCACCAUCCUCCCUUCAGAAGAGGAUACAAGCUCAGCUGGAGCAACAACUGAGAUGUUCACCAAGGACUCUGUUGCAACAACUUCAUCCACAUCAGAGUCAGUUAGUGCUUUCACUGCAUCAAGACCAACAGUGACCUCAAGUUCAAUCUUGACCCUUACAGAGGAAGAUGGUUCUGGUGACCAGACCCCCGAUAUGUUUACCAAGGCACCAGUUUCAACGAUUGAGUUUGUCAGCAGUUAUUCCACUGUUCAUACAUCGACUGGACAGGUGAUGGAACAAAACAGUGCAUCAACACAGUAUACCCACAGCACCUCUUCACCCAGAGACUUGGAGGGAUCUGGAAUCUCAAAGACAGAGGAUGACCAAGAGACAACUCAGGCAGAGGGAUUAGGUGUGGAGGUAGUAGAUGAGACCACCACUAAACCACAGGACCUGUUCUCUCUAGUCACAGAUGAGACAGAAAUCAAAGAGACCGAGAGUAAAUCUGAGGCUCUAGGUGUUGCAUCCUCAACACAGUCCACACAGCUCAGCCAAGAAUCUACAUCAUCCCAAAACCCUCUAUCCACCAGCACAGCUGAGACAAUAGAAUCAGCUACUGCUUCAUUGUCUGAGCAAGGAAGUGGAGACUUGACAGAACCUUCUAUUUCAGAAAGUGAUGCCACAGAGGGCGAGAGUUCAGGUGAUGACACAUCUGCUAUUACAACAGUCCCACUGCAUACUACAUCAUCUUCAACAGACUCAUUGUUUACAAAAUCAGUAAGCACUGAAGUAACUAAUGGAACAAAGGGGGUUGAGCAGACAGAAGAACCAACAGGCACAGAUGGACCUUCAGCUGGCCCUGUCUCAAGUGUGACAGCCUCAGUGGUCACAUUCACUGAUGAGGAGAGCUCUGGCUACCUGACAACUGAAAUGUUUACCAAGGAAUCUACUACAUCAACAUCACUAGGUUCAGAAGCUUUGAUGAUCACAUCUUCCUCCCCAAUCAUCAGCAUUGACCAAUUCCAAAGCACAACUGUAGGAAAAGUCAUCACACCCACAGAAGAAAUAGAUGAAUCACCCAUAGAAUCUCCCACUGCAGCAGUUGAAACUUUGGAGCCUUCUGUGGACCAAGCAACUGGACUAGCAAGCACAUCAUCACCAUUUGUCACUGCAUUCACUUACGUAGACAUGGUGGUCUCGGGAAUCUCAGCAGCAGAUGACGACCAGGAGACAAGUAAACCUGAAGGGACAGUUGAGGAGGCACCAGUGGAAACCACCACUAAACCACAGUACCAGUUCACUGAAGCAACCGAUGAGAAUGAAAUCAGAGAGACUGAGAGCACAUCUGAGAGUCAAAGGAAUGUUUCUUCAAUAGAGAUCACAGAGUCCCAAGAAUCCACAUCAACCCAAUCUCCUUCCAUGUCAAGCACAGGUAAACCAACAGAGGCUUCCAAAGCCUCCUUCACAGAGCAGGGUAGUGGUGACUUGACAAUAGACUCUAUAGCUGAGGAUGAACGGAGAGAGCACGAGAGUUCAGGUGAAGACAUCUCAGAUGUGUCCACUAAGCAACCUGCAAACACGACUGCUCCUCUCCUGUCUAGUCCAGCAACAACAAAGGAGGGAUUUACCACAUUGUCUGUCAGUGGUGACGCCACCCUUGAUACAGCUGUUGAGGUUGAUGCUACUCUAUCAAUCGGCACAACUGCAGAGGUACCUAAGUUUAUUUCUAGCGCAGUUCAGACACUGGAAAGUGAGGUGACAGAAAAAGAUACAAGCAGCACAGAGAAACCAUCAGUUGCUUUAAUUUCAAAUGUAACACUCACAGGCGAUAAAAGCUCAGGUGACCCGACCCCUGAUAUGUUUACCAAAGAGUCUGUUACUACAACGGUUUCUUCUGAAUACAGCACAGUCAAAGCAGAACAAAUGACGUCCACGACUAAAGUUUCUUCUCUACAUGCUACAAAUACAACUUAUUCUCUGUAUAGCACUGAGAAACCUACCACAGUGCAACAGGACACUGCAACAAAAGACAGUGAAAAGACUGCUACAAUUUCAGCAACUUCUCUGUUUAGCACUGAGAAACCAUGUCAUAUAACGACUUCAGUAUCAAAGGAAAUUGCAACAGUGGAGUCGAAAAUGACUGCUGCUGCUUCUACAGUUUCUUCUCCACAUACUACAGAGAAAACUGCUCAUGUUGAAACUACCAUCCUAGAGGAGGAGAGCUCAGGAGAUCUGACUUCUGAUAUGUUUACCUCUCAGUCAGCUGCCACCCCUCUUUCUCCAGUGUAUGGUACAGUCAGACCAGAACAGCCAGGGGCACCAUCAAGAUCUGAAAUGCCAUCAGUUGUUCCUUUUAUUGAUGAAACAGAGACAAGCACCGCCCCCACUUCAGAAGGGGAUAGAAGGUCAAGUGGUUCAACACCUGAGAUGUUCACUAAGGAGUCAUUUGCAAGAACUGCAUCCACAUCAGAGUCAGAUAGUGUUUUCACUACAACAAGACCAACUGUGACCUCAAGUUCAAUCUUGACCAUUACAGAGGACGAUGGUUCUGGUGACAAGACCCCUGAUAUGUUUACCAAGGUAUCUACUAUUGCAACAUCUCUGGAUGUCACCUCACAGACAACAAUUGCAAUUGCCCAGCCUUCAGUCACUGCCAUUGUCGAGAAAACAACAGUCCAGAGAAACCAGGACAUGUCGGAAUCACAGCGUCACAUGAAUUUGCAACAGAUGAGACCUCAAAGACAGCUCCAACUUCUGCUUCGUCUCUAUAUGGCACAGAGAAAGCAGGACAAGUAA